AGCGGCGACACAUGAUUACUUUAGAGCUCUGAACGGGUUGCGCACAAGACAGUCUGUGAUCUGCUAACUGGCGUUAAGCACCGCAGAGUCCCGUGAGCGGCGGGACACCGGGAGCCCGAGCCAAUCUGGUCUAAACGGAUCUCUCACCCACCGCACACCUACUUUCAACAUUUCUUCACCAAAGGCUCUCCUCUGUCGCUACGCAUCGGCUUUUACGCACAGCCGACGAGCGGAUCUUCACGCGCUCUCCGUGUUUCAUCCUGCAACGCGCGAGCCACGCAGCAACUUUCACUCCCACAGGUGUGAUGAUGUCGAGCCGGCGAACUGAAGGGAUGAGUGACACGAUCCGCUCCGUGUUCUGCUGAUGCGAAAAAAAAAACUCCUCCGCACGGACGACCGAAAGUAGCUGCCCGCAACAGCGAGCCGCGCAGCGUGCCAAAAUGAGCGUUACCUGGCAAAGCUGGAUGGUCCCGUUGUUAGUGCUUGCAACAGUACCAGCAGUACUUACACAAGAUCUAAACAGCAAGGAAGUCACUGACAUUAAGAGUCCAUUGUCUUUUCCUGUCUCCCUGCCGGUCAACUAUGAGGUACGAGAUGCCGACUACCUCUUCCUCAAGGAGGCUGGACAGGACUUCAUGAGGAACUCCAGCAUGCAGAGUCACACCCAGCCCUUUGUUUUAUUAAGAGCCAGCCGCCAGCCGGUUGUCAAUGCCAGCUACGGUCCCGUGUCCACAGAGAGACCCGUGCCUCUCGAUCUGGUUCAGGCUGUGCAGCUCUUUAACGCUCCAAAUGUCUUUACAUUUAACUGGAAAAUCCAGGCCUUUGUGCUGACGCCUCGGGUUUUCUCCUCCAAACCCAAAGUUCGGGUUCUCUUCUACGUCGCAGGCAGGGAUUGGGACAGAGGCGAGGGAGCCGUGGAUGAGCUACCUUGCGUGACGGUUUUCGCUUUCUGGCAAACGCAGGAGGUGAGGGGUUCUUGCGCAAUCGGAGGCGAGAGGGGAACUUGCAUGGCUGAGCUGUCGCCUGAGCCUGGCUGGUUCGCUGCAGGGUCAGAGGGCAUCAGCAGGGAGAGGCAGGAUCCGUCUGUCGGGAACCCUGUGGAGCUGUACUACCAGGCCCAGCCCAGGGUCAAUGGGAAGUGUUUUUCUGUGAACGGAAGCCGCUGGAGCGGCUCGGCGCAGCCGGCCGAGUAUGUCCCUGUGACUCCUAUGCAGAGGAUCGGAAGCGUGCAACUUCUGCAGAUUCCCAAAGGGAUGGCGACGCUCUCUCGCCUCAAGCUAGGGAACGCCAUAGUCAUUCGGACGUCAUCCAAGCCUCUGAAAAAGACCGACAUCGCCACCUUCUACAUACUGAUGGCCGGCUCCGCUCAGCUGACUAACUUCACUCUCAGAGCAUCAGUAAAGAAAGGUGUGACCUUUCGAACAGCGACACCCAGCAACUCCUUACUGUGGGACAUCACGCUGGAUAUGGGAGCAGAUGGUGCCAUUGCUGUUAUUUGUCAGAGAAAGACCCCCAUACCUGGGAAAAGGCUUGAAAGCAGUCUGCUGGAGGUUCUUCAAAUGGAUUUUGAGGUAGAAGAACUGAGCAGUCCCGUUGACAGCCAGGUGAUCAUAUGGAAGCUGGAGCUACCAUCUGUGCCCAAAACUAUUGCCAAGACUGAAGGAGCCAUGAGAAUUUAUACAACUCAGAGAGACUUUGUUGGCCUUGCUCCUCUUGUGAUGGACACCGAGAUCCUGAACACUGCUGUUCUGACUGGAAAGAAAGUUAUGAUGCCUGUGAGGACGGUAGCUGUGGAGGAAGAUGGAGUGGUCACAGAUGUUUCUGACUACACAGACUGCAGCUCCACUGAUGAAGACGUUCUCAAGGUGUCAGACAGAUGUGACUAUGUUUUUGUGAAUGGCAAGGAGACCAAAGGCAAGGUGAAGAUGAUAGUAAACUUCACCUACAGCUACCUGAGUGCUCAGCUCGAACUAAAUGUGUGGAUCCCUCGGCUCCCUCUGCAGAUUGAGUUGUCAGACACAGAACUGAGCCAGAUUAAAAGCUGGAGAGUUCCUAUUCUGACCUCGAAAAGAUCUAGCUGGAACAAUGAUGAGGAUGAACGAAAGGGCAAAGGCUGCAUGCUCCAGCUUCAACACGCACUUGUGCGGGUUCUUACCCAUUUUGUGGCUGAACAGGAAGACCCCCGCGACCCUACAGCCUAUUUCCUGGGCUCUGAUUGGCAGGUGGAUAUUACAAGGUUGGUACGAUACUUCAUGAAGGUCGAGGACACUCGAGUUGCAAGACUUCAGGAAGGAAGAGUGCUGUCAGGCCGAGACUUUGGGACGACAAACAUCCAGGUUUUUUCUCCACUGUCUGAUGUCAUCUUGGCAAAAACAACAGUCAAAGUUGUGGAUGACAAAGUGAGCAUCACCGAAUUAGGUGUUCAAGUGGUUACUGGACUAUCCAUGACGUUACAACGUAGUUCAGGAAGUAGCAGGGCCAUCUUGGCUACCACAACCACACAAGAGGUUCUACAAAGCCCCAAACAGGAAGCUUUGGUCAGUCCGUGGGUCCAGUUCAGUGAUGGCAACCAGACACCUCUUGACAUUUAUGAUCCAGCAAACUACCGAAUGACAGUGACGUCUCUAGAUCAGGGGGUGGUGUCAGUGCAGGGUAGACCUCCUGUCGUAGUGGCGGAGGGUGAGGGUGAAGGAGUCUUAGUCAGGGUAGAGAUGUCCAUCUGUGAGUCCUGCCAAAAGUCUAAACGCAAAAGUACUGUGGCUGUGGGCAAUGGCAGCCUUAAGGUCAAGUUUCAGGCCAACACACGGCGGCCAGGUGGUAGUACCCGCAGCGCGGACCGAAGCCCUGCUGGCAACAAAGAACGCAACAAUGACUAUGGGAAUGAUGGGGAAGAGAUGGACAGUGAGAAGAAGCAAAGGAUGCCAUCUCAGUUUCUUCCUUCAAGUAUUCCAAACCCUAACAAAGAGGAGAGUGUCAUUCAGAAGAUCCCAACAACGAUCAAAUCUACAGAGAGAACCAUUAUAACCAGCGGCGGUCUCGGAGGAGCGGGCAAGACAAGAAGACCAGAAAAUGUUGGCAGUCCGACCAGCGUAAUGAAUUUCAGCCUAAUAAGCAGCCCCAGAGACAGCAGCAAAGCAUAUAGCUCAGACAACAUGAUUGGGGAGGAUAUGAGCAGUGUUAGUUUUACCAGCACUGUGAAAGCUCCUGGGAAUCUAGUAAACUACAACAACUUCCCCACCAAGGUAGAGAUCCCUGGACCAGAAAUGCCAGAGGUAGAAAGUGGAGAAGAAGCUUUGGCCAACAGGCCUCUCACAGACUUGGAGAUUGGCAUGUAUGCCUUGUUGGGUGUUUUUUGCCUUGCCAUCUUGGUUUUUCUUGUGAACUGUAUUUCAUAUGUUGUAAAAUUCAGGCACAAGAAGCCUCCCUCUCAUGGCCAGGAGCCAACAGGGCACAGGCACGACUGGGUCUGGCUGGGCACAGACGCUGAGCUGGUGAUGACCGUGCCAUGCAGUCCGGUCCAGCAAGACUCAAAUACAGCAACCACUGUCAUCGACAUUGGGCCCGACAAGACUGCCUCUCUUUCCAGGAGGCCCAGUUGCCUGGCCUCUGUAUCGGACUCUCCUCUCAGCGGUGCCAGCUCUCACAGGACCAAACCCAUACAAAGCGAGUCCCUCCACUCGCCCACCAGCAAGAGAAAGAGAGUUCAGUUCACCACGUUCUCCACACUGGAGCGCCAGCAUUCGCCACACCUGUCACCCAAGGAAAAUGGUCAUGGUAUCCACUGGGUUGGGAAGGAAGAGUGCAAUGGAGAGGAACCUCAAGUGCCCAUCAUAAAGCCUGGGGACCAGUUAUAACACAGAACAUGACCAGACCUCACAUGUACAGCAGAUGUGGCUUCGAUCACCUCAAUGCCUUUGUCAAGAAAAUGGGAUUUUGUAUAAGGCCUCCUCAACAUUUCAUUGCCCAUCAAGGCCUUUACGUGUACAUGUAUUGUAUAUUGUAUAUACGAGAAUGGAUAUUGUGUGAUAAUGCUACUGAUGGCUGAGCAGAUGCAUUAUGGCAUACACAGUAUUUAAAGCCACAACAUGUUCAUGCUGCAUGAGGACGUGUGCAAAGCUCUAGACACUGAACUGUUUAAAACUAAAAUAUAAACAUUUAAAUUAACUACAAUACUGAGCUCAGUCAAACAUUUUAAGUAAUAAAAAAAAUUAUACAAGUUUUUUCUAUUGAUAAAAACAAAUACAAUUCUUUGACAUUUUGUUUUAUUUUUAAAUAACAUUACAGUCUUGAACAACUGUAAAGUGGUUCUCAAAAAUGUACACACCCUGAGUCCAGUCAGGCUUUAACUAAAGAUACACCUUUAAUCUAAAGAUGCGCUCAAUGUGCCAUGCUCAUCCAAUUACGUUUUUCACUUUACUUCAGUUACGCCUUCUCUUAAAGUGUAAUUCACCCCAGAAAUAAACCUUUUUUUCCCCCCAGAUAAACUGUAUAAACUGGGCCUAAGGUUGCUAUUUUAACAUCACUGUGUUCAGUUCGGCAAUAUUAGUCUUAAAUCCAUCUUAGUGCUUCCCUCUUAGGGUUGAACGGUGGCUAUUGCAUUUAAAUUUUCCUAUUGGUUGAAACGGGACCUGCUUUCAUCAUUUUAGUCCCGUGUCCAGGUCUAAAAGCAUCUCAGUCAGACACGCCCCUUUGGCUUCUCAAGGAGUUGGAAUCGUGAGCAUUGAUCGAUAGUUUUUAGCGUUUGAUGCUGCUUUAAACAUUAGCCCAACUUAGCCAUGAUGCUGCUAACAUCACUUUACCUCUCAGAAACCGUUUUUGUUCUGUCCUCCCCUGCCUCGGCACCAGUGGCUUUGGGCAUUGCUGAGUCAGUCAAACUGAUAACGCUCAGAAAAAAUCUUCCACCUCAAAAGAAUCCGUGGUAAAACCACCAGUGUUGCUCUGUGUCACUUACCCUAUUCCUGACCACAGCCCAGCUUAACCCACACCCAUCAUCCCUGAACAAUUAAAGGUCUCUUGGCACUGCCCAGUUUGGUGGCAUUUUUCAAAAUUUGUCUUGCAGACUUGAGCUGAAAAAUAAACUGUUUGGUUAGAAGGUAAAAAAAAUUAAAAGUUGCAACAACCCAAUUGCUUAAGUGUGUAUAAAUUCCUUAUUGAAGAGUCGUUCGACUGAUUUCCAGCAUUCCUCUUGCUGGGAGAGUGUCAGCAGCAGUAUUUGAUCCCUCUACCCUGUAAAAGGCUUUAUAAAUAUAUCCUGUAAAUCGACUGCCUGAUUUAGUUUUGAAUUCUGGCUAAGCCAUUCUGAAACUUUGUUCUCUAAUAAAGUCAUUGUUUUGUCAG